CUCUACACUUCUUGGUGCGAUACGUUAUUGUAUGGUUUUUGUAGUAUUAAAUAAUUAUUGUUUACGUCACUAAACAAGGAGAAUAUGUACGACUUGCCCGAAGGCAUUGACGAGGCCUAAGAUGGAACGAGCUCGCCCAGAAGGUGCCUGUUCACGCUGGCCUUGAAAGCACCCGGGUUAUAUGCAUACUUUAUCAGAAAGAGAUAUAAGAUCUGUAAAACUGUUAGACAGAGCUUUGGGCGUAGAGUUUGGCGAUGGGAAAUGUAUACGGUUUGAAGAUUGUUGGCUGAGAGAUCAUUGCAGGUGCUCAAAUUGCUACCACGCUGAUACGUACCAGAGAGCUCAGCACAUACUAGAUAUACCCGAGGUGGAGAUCACCGAAUUUCAAUACGAUAAAUACAGUGUUACAGUGACAUGGGAAGACAAACAUAAAUCGGUAUACAGCGCAGAAUUUCUGCAACAAUUCGACUACAAGACAUGGAGCGACAGUCGCCGACUCAAGCCUAUGCUCUGGCAUGGCAAUAUCGCCGAUAAAAUAACAAGGGUCCGUGUCGAUGAGUUUCUUAGCUCUGUGGACGUCGCCCGUAGCGUGUUCAGGUCUCUUCUUGAUUAUGGAGUGGCUUUGAUUGAAGGGGUUGAACCGACAGUGGAGGCUACAGAGAAAGUAUGCACGGCUCUGGGUGGCGUUCAACACACAAUUUUCGGUGGUAUGUGGGAGUUCACCACGAGAGCUGACCACGCCGACACCGCGUAUACCAAUCUGCCCUUAGCAGUGCAUAAUGACAACACAUACUUUACUGAAGCAGCUGGGUUGCAAAUUCUUCAUUGCUUAGAGCAUUCCAACGGCACAGGAGGAGACACACUUCUCAUCGAUGGCUUCUAUGGAGCGAAUCGAUUGAAAGACGAAAGUCCUGAAGACUUCAAGUUCCUCUCAACCUUCGAUGUAGAAGCCGAGUACAUCGAAGAAGGUCAUCAUCACAAAUAUAAAGCACCAGUUAUUAAAGUUGAUGAUAAAACUAAGGAUCUUGUUCAGAUAAGAUUCAACGUCUACGAUAGAUCUCCAAUGGCGUUCGCCAACAGUGAAGAAUGUAGGUCCUACUAUCGCUCCUUGCGAAGCCUAGCCCGCUACUAUCAAGACCCAGCGAACCAAUGGCAGUUUAAACUAAAGCCCGGAAUAGUCAUGGCCAUGGAUAACUUCAGAGUUCUGCAUGGUAGGACUGGAUUCUCUGGCAAGCGGCGGCUGUGUGGCAGUUACGUGGCGCGUUCUGAUUGGUUGGACAAAGCGCGUGCUUUGAAGCUCAUCCAAUAAACAAGCUUUAUUUGAACUAUAACUGUUUCAUAACAUUC